AUGCAGCGGGCAAUGACCGUGGUACCCCAUCUGGGCUUGCGGCUGCAGGCGCUCCCGUUGGCCCUGGGCCGUCCUCUCAGUCGCGCACAGGACGUACUCCGAAGGACACCUCUUUAUGACUUCCACCUGGCUCAUGGCGGGAAGAUGGUGGCGUUUGCAGGCUGGAGUCUGCCUGUACAGUACCGGGACAGUCAUGUUGACUCACACCUGCACACACGCCGGCACUGCUCGCUCUUUGACGUGUCCCACAUGCUGCAGACCAAGAUACUUGGUUGUGACCGUGUGAAGCUGAUGGAGAGUCUAGUGGUUGGAGAUAUUGCAGAGCUAAGGCCAAACCAGGGGACACUGUCGCUGUUUACCAAUGAGGCUGGAGGCAUCGAAGAUGACUUGAUUGUGACCAGCACCUCUGAGGGGUACCUGUAUGUGGUGUCCAAUGCUGGCUGCUGGGACAAGGACUUGGCCCUCAUGCAGGGCAAGGUCAGGGAGCUUCAAAACAUGGGCAGUGAUGUGAGCCUGGAGGUGGUGGAUAAUGCCUUGCUAGCCCUGCAAGGCCCCACUGCGACCCAGGUGUUGCAGGCCGGUGUGGCAGAUGAUUUGAGGAAAUUGCCCUUCAUGACCAGUGCUGUGAUGGAGGUGUUUGGUGUGUCCGGCUGCCGCGUGACCCGCUGUGGCUACACAGGAGAGGAUGGUGUGGAGAUCUCGGUGCCAGCAGCAGCGGCAGUCCGCCUGGCUGCAGCUCUGCUGGAAAACCCAGAGGUGAAGCUGGCAGGGCUGGCAGCUCGGGACAGCCUGCGCCUAGAGGCAGGCCUCUGCCUGUAUGGGAGUGACAUUGAUGAGCACACCACGCCUGUGGAAGGCAGCCUUAGUUGGACACUGGGAAAGCGCCGCCGAGCUGCCAUGGACUUCCCUGGAGCCUCAGUCAUCAUUGCCCAGCUGAAGGGCAAGGUGCAGCGGAGACGUGUGGGGUUAACAUGUGAGGGGGCACCUGUGCGGGCACACAGCCCCAUCCUGAAUAUGGAGGGCACCGUGAUUGGUACAGUGACCAGUGGCUGCCCCUCUCCCUGCCUGAAGAAGAAUGUGGCCAUGGGUUAUGUGCCCUCUGAGUACAGUCGGCCAGGUACCCCACUGCUGGUAGAAGUGCGGCGGAAGCAGCAAAUGGCUGUGGUCAGCAAGAUGCCCUUUGUGACCACAAAUUACUAUACCCUCAAGUGAAAGUGGCUUGGGGCAGGGGCUCUCCCAUCCAGGAACCUGGACCUGUAGGGCAUAUAAGGGUUGGUCAGGAAGCUGAGGCUGAAUACACUGGGGUGGCUAGGGUGGAGGUUGGUUCUGGUUGUCUGGUCAAGGGGGGGCCCAUACCAUCUAUUCUCACUCCCACCCUCAUACUAGGCCUCUUCAAUUUCAAGACCCCAUUUCUGAGCAAGAGAGCGGCUGCUGCAAUGUCAGCCUGGGCUCCCACUGACCCCCUUCUGGUCUGUCUGCCAGAAGGCUAUGGGCCACUGUCGUUCUGGCAUCUCUCCCUUCCACUGUGCCAGUGCUGGCUGUGGAGUAGUAGCUCACUUUGGGGGAUGGGGGGAAUAAAGCCUGCCCGACCUACCUCACCAUGGUUUCUCACACUGCAAAGGAGUUAUUACCGUGGGUAGUGCCGGACGUCUCUUUAAGUUUACUUUGCACGAAUGCAAACUGCUGCCUCUCCCUGGGCAGGAAUGAUUCCUGACUCACUGAGGGUUGGCCCUGUCUGGCUGCUGUGCCUAUGUAAACUUGGGGACAGCUGAGGGGCACAGACUCACUCUUCCACAUUCCCAAGUUAGCCCAGCCUGCUGCCCAGUAGCAACCAUGCCAGGCUCACCACCUGUUCUGAGCCCCAGGGCUGUUGUAGGACAGGCUGGGCCUCCUGGACUUGCCUUACCCCUGGCUGACCUUUGCCCCUGGGGCCCAUUACUGGACUCCACUCACUCCUAAAAAAAAAAAAAAAAAUUAAA